UGUUAUUAUCCUCGAAAGCUCACCAAGCACUUCUCGUGUAGUGUCGAAGUGUAACUUUGCGUUCAAAAGCACACAAAAUUUGACAAAUGAAAGGAUCUCCACGUUUCCUGUGGACGAAACUGUCGCGUUUAAAAAUAAGGAGGGGGAACGUUUUGCUGACAUUCGAGUGAAGGAAGAGAGGGAAGUAAGGUACAAGUACGAAAGCGCUCGCUACGGACGCAAUGGCACAGAUUUUUCCACUGGUGAUUGUCAUCACAGCAUGCACGAUGUUGUUCCCAGGUGUAGAGGGUCAGCUGACAUUUGACAUGGCGCCACCCGUCCAAUGGGCGCCUGCCGGUACAGACUACACCCUGCAGUGUCAGGCCAGCAUCCCGGGCGACUAUGCCGUCAACGUCUACUUCAAGCACGGACUCCUCAUCGACACUGAAGUGGAGCGGUACCAGAUCGUGGAAGACGGCCUUGCCAUCCGGGAUGUGGGGAGGGGGGAUGGCGGGAACUACACGUGUGCCUCGCAGGGGGCCAUCGACUUCAGCAUACAGGGGCAGACCUUCAUUCAACUCAUCGUUACAGGCCCGCCCUCAGCACCAGUGGUUGUUAGAUUUCCCUCAGUCGGCACGGAUUCUCUGGAGGUGGAGGUGUCAGCCCCAGAGGAUGAUGGGGGAUCGACCAUCACGGAUUACGUCAUCCAAAUCCGCCAAUCAGAGCAGGAGGUCGAAUGGCGGGAGUUCGUCAGCCAGAAUGCCGGACCAGUUGAGAUUAGCGGUUUGCUGCCGUCUACCACGUACGAGUUGCGUGUGGCUGCGGUCAAUGCCGAUAACGGACAGGGACCGUACUCGGCUGUAGAGACGGUUACCACACUGGAUACCUCUUCCACCACUCCGGCCCUGCCGGUUCCUACCGCCGACUCCUACAACACACCGCCGCCGCCAGAGCCGGGCCUGGCCGCCGUGUGGAUAGUAGUGCCCACCCUGGUGGCCGUGACGCUGGUAGUGGUCGGGCUGGUUACGUUCGGCGUGCACAAGAACGUCAUAGACGUCAGGGGACACAAAGUCACAGACACAGAGACGAGUACACCGUAGUCAACAUACAACCAAACGUAAUGCUGAGGUUACAUUUCCAAACCGGAGCCCGGCCGGGCAG